GUGUAUCCCACUCUAGAAUUGCUGUUUCCACAUGGAGUAAGUGGGAAAGCGGUACUGACGGUACGAUGAUAUUAAAAGGGGAGGCAAAUGAAAUGAAAGGAUGCAGCAAAACGAUCGCGUAUCUCUCUUUCGUUUAUUAUUUAUUUAUUUAUUUAUUUAUUUAUAUAGUAACUGCGAAGGAGCGAUCUCUCUCUCUCUCUCUCUCUCUCUCAGAAGAGAAGGAUGGUGAUGCUGUGUUGUUGUUAGGGUUUCGUGACUCGUACAUUGCGUUUGCGUUCUCUUCCUAGAUAUAUCCAGGUUUUCAAUUGGAUUCCUACUUAGGGUUUCGCGCAAUUUUCAUUUUCUCUCGAUCUAGGGUUUAUGCAUCUCAUUUUUAUCCUCAUUUUCCCCAUUUCAUCUCAUUUUCGCUAAUUCAGGAAACCCUCUCUUUUAAUUUUCGAUUUCGAAUAUUGAUUGUGGCUACCAACUUACUCGGGUGUUCGCAUUUCUUGUGAUUAAAAUAAGGAUUUUUGAGGAAUCGUCCCUUGUUGUUUGCAUUCGAUUACUCAUUUGUGUUUUGAAAUGCUUGCGGGUUUUUACUGAUUAAUCAAUGUUUUUCUUGCACCUGGGAAGAAGAGAGAAGAAUUCGGUGUUAUUGCCCGUAUAAUAAAGUUUAGGUUUUUCUUAUUUUGAGAGCAAUUUGUCGACAAUAAAGUGAAAUUACUCUAUUUGGGUAUGAGACAAGUGCACCCAUCACUGGGUUUUAUCAUUUUUUGCGUUAAAAUUUGGAGGAUAAGACUUGAUUCUUGCAUCUGAAAAUAAUUUUGGAUCUUUCAGAGAUUGUUGUGUGGGUGAAAAGCUUGUUGCCGUAGUUGAUAUGUGCAGUUGUUGGAAUUUCAUCUUAUGGCACCAACUGUUCCCAUAGAUUUUGCUGGACAAAAGGAAUCCAGAAAGUACUCUCAUUCACAAAUCAUGGGGAAAUCUCGAAAAUAUUCCAAAGGUUAUGCAACUACUGGCUUUGUUCCCGAAUUCCGUCAUGUUGUAGAGACUAUGGGUGAAUCAGAUGGGUUGGGUAGCUCGGGAAGGCUUGACAUGGAGCCUGCAGCAUCAGCAGAUUCCUAUGCCCCUAGCAGGAAAGGCUCUGGUUUGAAAAGUGAUGGUUAUGGUGGUUUUGAUGUACCAUUUCAACUCUUCUCGUUGUCUAAAAUGUCGGCUAGGGAGAGAAAGGAUUUGAAAUUGAGAUUAACUUGGGAACUUGAACAAGUGAGGAAACUUCAGAAGAAAAUUGACAGUAUGAAUUCAAACAUUGUUGGAUUAUCUCCAUCUAGUGACAUUAGGAGCUGCAGUGUGGGACAGAAAAGGCCUCAUCUGGAGAGCCAACACAGUAUACUUCAAGCAUCAGUGCCACAUGGUAACAAAAAGAAACCCUUGCCAGGACGUAGUGGUCCCAAGACAAAAAAAGGAAUGUCUGGGCGAUUUGAAUACCCAAAACCUGUUGUACCGAUGACUACUUCAUAUGCUACAUUGAUGAAACAGUGCGAGAAUUUACUUAACCGUUUGAUGUCUCAUCAAUAUGGUUGGGUUUUUAAUGCACCAGUUGAUAUUGUUAAAUUGAACAUUCCAGAUUAUUUCACUGUCAUCAAACAUCCAAUGGAUUUGGGUACUGUAAAGAGUAAACUAACGUCUGGAAAAUAUUCUAGUCCUAUAGAUUUUGCUGCUGAUGUGAGGCUGACUUUCUCAAAUGCCAUGACAUAUAAUCCACCUGGCAAUGAUGUACACGGCAUCGCAGCAACACUUAGUAAAGCCUUUGAAACAAAAUGGAAGUCCAUUGAGAAGAAAAUUCGUGACAUUGAUCAUCGUGUCCCAUCUGAGCCGUCAAAACCUAUUUUUGUAGAAACUGAAAUUCCUGACCCAAUUCCCCCCACGAAAAAGAAGAAAAUUACACCAAAUAACACUAAUACCAAGCCAGAACCUGUCAAAAGAAUUAUGAGUGACAUGGAGAAGCAGAAAUUGAGUCAAGAGUUGGAGGACAUGCUUGGAGAGUUGCCUGAAAACAUUUUGGAUUUCUUGAAAGAGCAAAGUCACAAUGCUGGGCAAACCAACGAUGAGGAAAUUGAGAUUGAUAUUGAUGUUCUAAGUGAUGAUACCUUAUUCAAAUUGCGGAAGCUUCUUGAUGAUUUUAUGCUCGAGAAGCAAAGAUUUCAGCCAAAAAUUGGACAGUGUGAAUUGGAGCUUCUUAAUGAGUCAGGGUUUAGCAAUUCAUCAAUGCAACCUUCCAAAGGCAAUGAACUGGUUGAGGAGGAUGUGGACAUUGUUGGUGGGAAUGAUCCUCCUAAUUCAAAUUAUCCUCCACUAGAGAUUGAGAAAGAUGGUGCCAACAAAAACAGUAAAUGCAGCAGUUCAAGCAGCUCUAGUAGUGAAUCUGGCUCAUCAUCCAGUGAUUCAGAUUCAAGUAGUUCAUCUGGUAGUGAGUUAGAUACUGCUAAAGCGUCAGCACCUGUGAGUUCUAAGGAAAAUGUAGGACCUGGCUUGACUUAUGAUCAAAACAGGGGGGAUCUUAGUAAUCCAGAAACUGUUAAUGAUUCAACUAACCUGGGUAGCCAGGUUGACCAGAGUUUGCAGACUAAGCCAGUUACUAUUGAAUCAGAAAGCCAUCAAGAUGGGGAGAGUGCUGCGGCUAAGAGGCAAGUCUCUCCUGAAAAGCUCUACCGUGCAGCUUUAUUAAGGAGCCGGUUUGCUGACACCAUACUGAAAGCUCAAGAGAAAGCCCUUGAAAAGGAUGAAAAACGUGACCCUGAAAAGCUUAGGAUAGAGCGAGAAGAACUUGAGAGAAGGCAGAAGGAAGAGAAAGCUCGACUGCAAGCAGAGGCGAAGGCUGCAGAAGAGGCUCGGAGGAAAGCUGAAGCAGAAGCUGCAGCUGAAGCCAAAAGGAAGAGGGAACUAGAGAGAGAAGCUGCCCGUCAGGCUUUGCAAAAGAUGGAGAAAACUGUUGACAUCAAUGAGAGCUGUCAGUUUUUGGAAGAUCUAGAGAUGCUUAGUGCUGUUCAUGAUGAAAAUACACUAAGUUUCAAAGAGGAGGUGAGCCCAGAUGAUCAUCAGAAUGGAUUUGGUGGGAUCAAGCUGCAGGGAAAUCCCUUAGAGCAGUUAGGAUUGUACAUGAAGGUUGAUGAUGAGGAUGAGGAGGAAGAACUGCCCGAAAUUACUGCAGAGCCAUCAAAAGAUGUAGAAGAAGGAGAAAUUGAUUGAUGUGUACCCCUAUUAAUUGUCGAAUCAUUUGAACAAAAAUAUAUAAACGGUGGUUCUGAGCAGUGGUUGCUGGAUUUAGUGAUGCUGCCCUGGAGUUUGGAGUUUAAUCAGUUUUUGUAUGAUUGGAUGCUGGAUGGACUCUUUAGGAAAGUUUUAGGACGGGAUAGUAAAAACUUAGAAAAGGGCAUGAAGCUUGGAUUUAGUUUUUCUUCUUUCUGAUUAAAUUCGGUUUUAACUUUGGAAAUGGUUUCUGAACAUGUGGAAUAGCUUGCGUGCAGUCCCCAUUUAUUGAAGGGAUUCAGUAUCUGCAUCUGCAGUUUGUACUGAUCAGGAUAUACCCAGUUUUGCCCGUAAAAGUGAACUCCUUGGUAACGAGUUCUAUGCCUGACCUUGAGUUGUUAACUUCACUCACAUUGUAAUGUAAAGUAUUUUAGAUCCGAGGUAGAAAUCAAUUCAUUCUAUUUUUAUUCUUGAAA